UUGCAUAGUGUUAUUAUGAUGCAUACCGGCAAAUCGGAGGAAAGGUUUUAUAGUGAUGAAAUCGCGUACAUGCUAAUAGUGGGAAGCUGUAGAAACCCAAGGCCGGACGGUACUGUCGAUUGGGAUAUCGUAGAGAAGUUCUUUGCAAAUGAUUUGGUUCCCCAUGACAAGCCUUUGACCUACGAACAUUGCAGCCUCCUGACACCCAAGUUCCAUGCCUUCCUGAAGCAAUGUCCAACCGUUCAAUACCAACCUGAGAAGCUUAAGUGGACAAAUCGAUCAGAUAUGAUAGGCUUGUCACAGCAAGCAUCAAAAGUAACCGCCGCACUGAUACUUUCAUCCGUCCUCGAGUAUUCACUGGGAAACCUAUUCUUCACCAGAACUGGUUCUACACCGCCACAUCUGCUUCGGGAUCUACUGAUGACCGACGCCCUAGCGACGGAGCUAGGCGAAACUGUGAUAUACCUUCUGCGUCUUGUGCUGGGCAGUCCAAAUGGCAUCAACUUGAGAAAUUUGGUGUGGCAUGGAUUUUUGAGUGACGAAGAUCUAAGUCCGAUCUACAACAAUUUUCUGCUGUUGAUUAUGACCUCGAUUGGGAACACUUUGGACCAGCGAAAUUGUUCCAUGAAGCAUCGGAGUUGUUCCUUGGAUGGUCAGUUACUACUCGCCAAGAUUAAUGCUGAAUGUUUUAGCGAAGUUCAGUUCAGAACCUGCCUCAUAAAUAAUCGAUUUGUAACAGAACUACAACGAAGAGAUUGGAUGGACACUUUGAACUACUACAAUCAGAAGCAGUAUUAUUGUUGUGUGAGCCGCGCCUUGACUCAACUGGAAAUGUAUCUACGGAGGUUAUAUGGCGAACUCUAUGGAAGGGAUCCGCGAGCCAAACUAGACGAAUACUACAUUAUAAUGGACACCGUUUUCGAAGAGCGCAAUUCCACAACAGGAGAACGCAAUAAGAUUUAUGAUCAUUUCAGCGCUUCCCUUUUAGAGCUAGUAUACGAUCUGUUCUCAGCGAUGCAUGGACCCAGAAUUAGAGACAAAUUGAGCCACGGCGAACUAAAAAUAGAUCAAAUUGAUGAAACCAUAGCCAAAGCAGUUCUGUUCACAUGCUGUUUGGUCAUCACAAAUAAUUCACAAUUUACCUACAGGAGUGUCUAUCAUCCCAAUGGAAUCCUGCAAGCAAAACUUAAGGAGUGCAAAGCUGCAGUACAUCAAAUCCAGAGUCUACAAUUUCCGGAGACCAUUGAUGACUCGGAAUCGAUCGGAGAUUUCCCAUUCAUACCCCAAGUGAACAUAAUCGUGCAUGCCAAAAUCUUCUACCGUCCAGAUGGCGAAGACGUAUUAAUUGGGUAUCUACAACGGAUAGCUGUUGCAUUGGAACUGGCUGCCAAGAAUCUCCACCAGUCGCUGACUUUAAAACUAGAGGCCGUGGAGAGGAGGGAACUUCGAUCGAGGGCUAGGAAUACUUUCAACAACAUGCUGAAAAUGCUUCCGACAAUCCGCAAAGCGUUUGAGCAUGUCCUAAGCUUGCUAGUGUGGAUAUUCUAUUGCCUUAUGGAGGCCAACGAAAUACGCGACAUGGACAAACUGGUCAGAUUUAUGAAGUUUAUCCUAAAAUACACAGAAAAUGCGGCUAACAAUCUAGAUGCGAAGAACAACGUCUGGCUACCCCUGUACGAGACAUCGAGGCGCGAGCUGUACGAUAAAACUAGGCAAAAUCUUAAGCUACUGCUGUGCUGAAUUUGAGUUUUUGGGAUUUGAUAGAAGUGUUAUCUUUGUCUCCGAAAGAGAUGUUUACUGUAAAAUGGUUUAAGUCGAAAUAAAUAAAGCUUAGAUAUAUUCGCAA